GUAGCACUUAAGAGCCCACUUAAGAGCAAACGCAAGUAUUGACCUAAUAUUUCCGCAGCUUGAGUUCACCUGAGAGACAGAGAGAGAGAGGAGCAGCAGUAGGUUCUAACUUUCGUCUUCAAUAUGGCUAGAGGUUUGAAGAAACACUUGAAGAGGCUCAAUGCUCCCAGUCAUUGGAUGCUUGACAAGCUUGGUGGUGCUUUUGCCCCCAAACCAUCAUCUGGACCCCACAAAUCCAGGGAAUGCCUCCCAUUGAUUUUGAUCCUCAGGAACAGGCUCAAGUAUGCUCUUACUUACCGUGAGGUUAUUGCUAUUUUGAUGCAACGUCACAUUCAGGUUGAUGGAAAGGUCAGGACUGACAAGACUUAUCCUGCUGGUUUCAUGGAUGUUGUGUCUAUUCCAAAGACCAAUGAGAAUUUCCGUCUUCUCUACGACACCAAGGGCCGCUUCAGACUUCACUCUAUUCGUGACGAGGAGGCUAAGUUCAAGAUGUGCAAGGUUCGUUCAGUUCAGUUCGGAAAGAAGGGCAUUCCUUACAUCAACACUUUUGAUGGAAGGACCAUUCGCUACCCAGACCCUCUUAUCAAGGCCAACGACACCAUCAAGCUGGACCUUGAGAACAACAAGAUUGUCGAUUUCAUCAAGUAUGAUGUGGGCAAUGUUGUCAUGGUGACUGGUGGUAGGAACAGAGGACGUGUUGGUGUGAUCAAGAACCGUGAGAAGCAUAAGGGAAGCUUCGAGACUCUUCACAUUCAGGAUGCUACCGGCCAUGAGUUUGCAACCAGAUCAGGUAAUGUGUUCACAAUCGGGAAAGGUACAAAGCCGUGGAUAUCUCUUCCAAAGGGUAAAGGUAUUAAGUUGACCAUUAUUGAGGAGGCAAGGAAGAGGCUUCAGGCUCAGGCUGCUACAGCUUAGUUGUUUAAAUUGUUUUGGAAGUUGUACGAUGAGAUGAUCAUUGUGCUAUUAUAGGAUGUUUUGUUGCAAACUUAUGUGUUUUCCAACCUUAAAUUUUGACAAUUUUGAUAACGUUGGCUAUUCUGUUUCUCAUUUCUCUGUUGGAUAAUCUUGUAUUUGGGUAUUUGCUGACGAUUUUUAUAAAGUUUGAUUUCUUUCA